AUGCACAGGAACUACUGGCAGUGCCAGCAGUUGUGUUCACCAUGACUCAAAUGUUCUCCACGUCUGAUCCGUCUUUGCCGCCUUAUAAAUCUCUUAUAGUACAAGGAGAUUAUCACCCUUCAGCUCCAAUUCACAUGUGCUUGUCAGUUCCAACGGGUGCCAAGGCUUUACUUCUUUCUUCUGCUCGACAGGCUCUUAUACGCAGCCUUCGGGAGUAUAAUGACGAAUGGCUACUAACCAAUUCUGGAACAGGGAAUACCUGUCGCAGUAGUUCCGAGGUUGAUAUCUUUUACCCUCCAACCCCAAAUCACCUGGCCGUGUUAUUAUCCGCGUUUAGAACACACGAGGCCUCCAAUCCUGUGCCUCUCGAUGCCAAAGCAACUCUAAAUUCUGUUCCAUCAUUGCUUGUUUUGCACGAGUUAUCUGCGUACUUUUUGCCUACGAGUGAAAACAAACCGCACACCAUCGCCUCAUAUCUCCAGCUUGUUAGCCAUGCGUUGGCUUUGGCAACUUUCCUCUCCCCAGGAUCACAAACUCCUAUGCGUUUCGCUCUAUUUGAUUCACAACUUGACAAACUGAAGCUCCCCGUCCUACGGACCCCAGCUGUCCCCGUUUUCGACGGAGAAGAGAGCGGCGAUGAAACACCUCGACCCGAACCCAUCGCUUUUGUGACACACAAGUAUUUCGAAUGGGUAGCCACGUUUAACCGAUCAGAGACUGAUUCUUCAUCUGAUGGAAGUGGAGUACGCCGCUGCACGCUCACAUUGCACAAGCAAGGCAGUGACAUUAAAUCAGAUAUCAUGUGGCGGUGGGCAGAAGUUCCAGAACGGACGCACAGGCCGCUGUGAGGAACUUGCAAUCACAUUUCACUGGUGAUGACGUGGGGUUGGCUUUGCCUGGGAUUUCUGUACACUGAGGCCUGGAGUUGAGUCCGGCUCGGCCCUUUCCACCUGUGACCUUGUAAUAGUACUAGUCUCCUUAUAAUCGGUUACAACAUUGAUACAUACUUUUUGACACGUGUAG